AAAACCCCGAACACAUUCGCUGAAAAAAAAAAAAACGGUGUUCGCGCCGUUGGGCCCAUUUUGCGUCCUAUUUCCGGCCGUCUUUGCACAGCCAUCACGUGAAACUCCAGUGCAACUUGAAGCAGUUGAAGUUGUCAAGGCUACUGCACCGGACUCUCGUCAUGGGCAACAUUUGCCACGCGGGCCAACCAGCUCUGGGUCCUGAUGCCAAGUCCAAGACUAAAUCUCGCGCACAGACUGGCAGCUCCAAGUCCCUGCCUACGUUUGGCAAGGACCCAACGCUCAAGCGGGAAGAUUUUAUCUUUUCCAACAUCCAAACAGCAUCGUUUCUGGCCAAACUCCCAGGCAGUAUCAACGGCCAGCAGUUCCUCAUCGAGGACUGCCACAACUGCGAUAUCUUCCUGCUGGAUCACUGCACGUCCGUGCAGAUCGACGCUUGUAUCAACUGCCGCAUCGUCGUGGGCCCCUGUGAGAGCAGCGUCUUCCUGCGCAACUGCAAACGCUGCACCGUCGUGUGCGCCGUGCAGCAGUUCCGCGCUCGUGACUGCGAGGACGUGUCCGUGUACCUCUACAGCGCUACCGAGCCGAUUAUUGAGAUGUCCAGUGGUCUGCGCUUCGCGUGCUUCCCACUCACCUAUUUUUCUCUGCAACAACAGUUCCGUCAGGCCAAAUUCUCACCUUGGAAUAACAAAUGGAGCGAGCUUUUCGACUUCACUCCGGAUCAUGGCGGAUGGAAGCCAUUGCCGAUGCGUCCCCACGAAUCUCCACUGGCCGAGAUGAUGCAAGAUAAGGAGAAUAACGGAGCUCGAUCUCUCUGGAAAAUGCCAUCGUGGACGGCGGAGGAGUUGGGGCUUUCGGUGGAUCUACCGCAGCUAGUGGUACCGAUUACCAACGGACUCUGUGCUAGGAAGGACGGCGAGCCAACAUUGUUUGUGUGUUUUGCAGCGCCGAACGAAGCUCUCAUGAUGGAUUUCGUGACAGCGAUCGCAACAAAGAAGAACGGCGAUAGUGAUGACCCUACGCUGCUCAUUCGUACCAGGCAAAUGCAGCUUACUGGCGAUCAGGCAGCAGCACUCUUCCCGGGGAACGCAUCUUUGGCUGGGAAAGCAACUGAGGCAGCGAAAAGCACGGCCGGAUCCGUGAUGAUGGAGUUCCAGGGGCCUCAGAGCUACCAACACGCCAACGAUAUUAUGAAGGACGCUCGCUUCGCCUCGGAGGCUGCAGAAAGAAACAACAUCUUCGUGUCCAACGAUACAGCGACUGCAUUACGACUGAGUGAUCUCGUUUUCCAGCAAUGGAAACCGGUCAUCUGAUUCAGGCGUUCUAUCCCCGAGUUACUGUUUUACUAUUACCGAGACAUUUCAUUUUUUGGAUUAUCGGUUUUUAUGUUAGGAAGCUAACCAGGAACAAUCCAAGCUUUCAGUAUACAUGUAAAACGUCAAA